UAAAGAUGAGAUCUGCAAACAGGUCAGGAGCUCUUUGGGAUGUAAAUGCAUGAUAAUGGAAAGAGCUAAGGGAUUAUUGAACUGUUGCCAAAACGCAGCUGUUGGGAGGAUAAAGUGAAUAACUUCACUUGUUUAGUUGAAACCAUUUGUGGGAGGAACUUUAAACAUGUGUCUAUGAGUUAAGAAGAAGAAGAACCAGUUUGUAAGUAGUUCAACAGCAUUCAGCUCACCUGGCAGAUACUGUUUGGGAACACACACACAGACAGAACUCUGCAAAGCGCCAUUGAAGGAACUGUGUGAAAUUCCAGCAUUCAUGUCUUCAUUAAAAGCAGAGAAUAAUGUGGGACAUUGGGAUCUGCAGAAAGAACAAGGAACAGGUGGAAGAGAACAUGGAGAGGUGGAGUUACACACUUGAAAGAACAGAAACAUGGCCACAGCAUUGUCCGAGGAGCAGUUUCGGUGCGCCAUCUGCCUGGAUAGCUUCAUCAACCCUGUGUCUAUCCCAUGUGGACACAAUUUCUGUCUAGAAUGCAUCACACAUCACUGGGACACAAGCAGCAGAUCGACUUGCCCCUUGUGCAAGGAGGUCUUCCCGAACCGACCAAGCCUCAGGGUAAACRUAGGCUUAAGAGACAUCACUGAACAAUUUAGAAGGACAGUGAGGGUGAAACCAGUGCCAGCAAAGAGACAAACCUCAAGACAAUCCUCUAAAUCCGACGAUAUACCUUGUGACAUUUGCAAUGAAAACAAGUUAACGGCUGUCAAGUCAUGCCUCGUCUGUCAAGUAUCGUAUUGUGAAACACACCUGACGCCUCAUCUGAGGGACCCGGUGAUGACGAAGCACAGGCUGACGGAUCCGGCCACCUUUAGUACGCGUCACCUCUGUAGAAACCACAACAAGGCCCUGGAGAUGUUCUGCAAGAGAGACCAGACGCCCGUGUGUACGAAAUGCACCGAGAAGAACCACAARCACCAUGAAGUUGUUCCCAUGGAGAAGGAGAGCAAGAGGAUCAAGACUCAAAUAAAGAAGAUUCAAGCUGAGAUUGAACACGUGAUCCAGGCCAGGCUCAGAAAGUCAGAAGAAAUCAGGAACUCCAUGGAACAAAGCAGAAUAGAUAAAGAAAGAGAGAUAGAAUCGAGCGUGCAGCUGGCCACAGCGACAGUUAGUGCCGUUGAGAGAAACCAAGCUUUUCUCUUAGAGGAGAUCGAACAGCAACACAAAGCAGCAGAAGGGCGAGCAGAGGAGCUUCUCGAUGAGCUCGAAACAGAAAUCUCUGAGCUGCAGAGCAGACGUGAUGAACUGGAAUACCUGAAUGACACCAAGGACCCUCUGCACCUGCUGCAGAGCUUCUCAUGUUUGAGCACCCCGCUGUCCUCCAAGGACUGGUCUGGGGUCAGCGUCCACCCGUACCUUCACACAAGGACUGUGAGGGAAGCUUUCUCCAACCUGGUGGCCCUCUGCCAAGAACUUGAACAGAAAGUGUGUGCAGAAGAAGUAAGCAAGCUGAGUAAAUAUUCAGUGGAUGUAAGUCUGGAUCCRGCAACUGCCGCAGGCUGGUUAGUGUUAUCCCAAGAUUGUAAAAAGGUAAGCCUGAGCCCCCAGCAAAGACGGCCGUCUCUCCCCAGUGACCCCCGCAGGUUUGACUCCUGUGUUGCCGUUUUGGGGAAACAAAGCUUUGUUUCUGGAAGACAUUACUGGGUGGUGAAGGUUGGGGAUAAAACAGACUGGGACCUCGGCGUAGCCAAAGAGUCCAUCAACAGGAAGGGGUCCAUCACUGUCCGUCCUGACAACGGUUACUGGGCAAUCUGCAGGCGCAAAGGAGAGAGUCUGCGAGCCUGCGCCGGACCCUCUGUCAUCCUAAACCUCAGAGAAAUCCCUCAGAAAGUUGGCAUAUUUCUGGACUAUGAAGAGGGAUCUGUGUCCUUCUACAACACGGAAACAAAGACUCAUAUUUAUACCUACAGAGGAUGUGGCUUCAUUGAGCCUCUGUACCCUUACUUUAACCCUUGUCUCCAYGAUAACGGGAAAAACACCGCACCAUUGGUUAUCUGUACAGUAGAAGGGCUUACUGUAGAUGCAGCAGCACGAUAAAAUCUGGAAGUAGAUUCCAUAUAAUCCAACCAAGUAUUUUCCUUUUGGGAUUGUUGUGGAGAUGGUACCUCUUCAGAAGGGCCACUGUGAAAAGGUCCAAGUCCAUCACAGGGACACMUAAGGUCAUUUUGCACUGAAAGCCAUGGCCUGAGUUAAAACCUGAGUUCAGCAUGUUUGCAUAGCCCUUAUGGCCCAAAUCCAGCCCGAUGUCAGUAACCCCAAAACCCAUGGUUCUAUCCGACCCAGGCUGCUCGCCUUAUAAUGCGCUACUGUUGUUCAUUGAUUGGUUCACUGGCCAGGGUGGUCCCUUCACACAGAUAUUAACUUUAAUGACUCUUUACACAAGUUCAACUAAACCACUGUAGCAAGCUACCAAUCAACAACAAGCUACCGUUAGCUUAUCAUCCUCUGUCGUACUGCUCUCAUCUCAAGUGUCAGACUCCUAGAUAGUUGAGUACAACUUUCUGUACUUUUUCUUCCAGUUUUGUGUAUUCCAUUAUURUGUUGUAAAUAAAACGAUGUAAGAUUUG